ACUGUUUUUAUUUAGCAGACGACACAAUGGACGAUGUUUGUAUAUAUUUUUUUUUUUUUGAAUAAAAAAACACGUGAGUUAUUUUGUUGGAAAAAAUUUUGAAAAUAAAAUUUUUUACAAAGCAUGACAGUUGUUAAUAAUAAUGAAGUUGAUUUAUGAUGUUUGUCGUAAAUAUUGUGGGUUUAAUUCAAUUUCGAGACGAUAUUGUCAUUUAUCGAGAAAUUUGGGUUUAAAUGGCAAUUCUAACCUUAAAAGUUGUGAAAAACAAUAUUUACGUUGUUUCGCCACGAUUGUCGAUGAUAAUUUAUCGGAAAAGUUGGUGAAAAAUUUUUUAAAUCAUGCGACAAAUGUUUAUGAGGGCAGAGAAAAGGAUAAAUCGGAAAUUGGUGAUAUUCUCAAAAAUCAGGAUGUGAAACAACUUAUGGAUGAGAGAAUUAAUAUUCUUGAGAAUAUUAAUUCUUUGGAAGAAUUAGCAAAAGAAGACAAGGAAAUGAAACAAUUAGCCAAUGAGGAAUUCACGACAUACAAAAAAUCAUUGACAAUCAUAAAUGAUCGCAUCAUUGAGUCACUAUCAACUGUUCUUGCUCGUGAUUUUUGUGAUAGUGUAAUUUUAGAAAUAACCGCCGGCGUUGGUGGUCAGGAAUCAAUGCUCUUCGCCUACGAUCUCCUCCAAAUGUACCAUCUUCACAUAAACUAUUUAAAUUAUACUUUUGACUAUAUCGAGCAUGAAGUGACUCCAAUUGGUGGUAUUCGUCGUGCGAGCCUCACAAUUAAUGGUCCUGGUGUGUAUGAGAAAUUUCGUCACGAAGCUGGUAUUCAUCGGGUUCAACGAAUUCCAUUGACGGAAACAUCGGGACGUAUUCACACGAGUGUUGUGUCGGUGGUCAUUUAUCCACAACCAAAUGAAAUUGAGGUGAAAAUUGAGAAUAAAGAUUUGCGAAUUGAUACAUUUCGUUCGACGGGCGCCGGUGGGCAGAGUGUUAAUAAAACCGAUUCGGCGGUGAGAAUUGUUCACAUACCAACUGGCACAACAGUCGAAUGUCAAAGUGAGAGGUCACAAAUAAGAAAUAAAAAUAUUGCGAUGAUUAAAUUGAGGACAAAAAUUUAUGAGGCACGACUCGAGGAACAAAUGGCCACUAGUCGUAAUAUUCGACGAAAACAAAUGGGUUUUAAAAAUCGUAAUGAGAGAAUUCGUACUUAUAAUUAUUUACAGGAUCGUGUGACUGAUCAUCGAAUUUCGAAUGGAACUUUGCAUGGAUUGAGUGAUUUUAUGAAAGGGGGUGUGGGGCUUGAUGAAUUGCAGGAAAAAUUGCAGAGGGACUAUGAGAGGAAGUUGUUAAUGGACACAAUUAAUGACUGCGGAAAAAAAUAAUAAAAAAAUAAUAAAAAAAUAAUAAAAAAAUAAUAAAUAAUAAUAAAUAAUAAAAAAAAAAAAAAAAUUACUUUUUGAAUAUGAAUUAGUAAAAAU